UUUCGCCGGGCAAGCCCAGCGGUUGCAGCUGCGGCGGAUCCGAGGCUCUGCCCGUGGUGCACCCGGGCAGCCUAGGGCCGUCAGCGGCUCCGCAAAGUCGCGGAGCAAGGGAGGCCGAGAGCCCGCAAAGUGGUGGGGCUCCGGGCUGGGUCUGGGCUAGAAGAGGCGUGCCUGCGGAGCCUGGAUCCCGGCGCCCUUCGGCCUCGAGUGCAGCGACCGGUUGACGGUGCAGCCGCCUGGGGAAGAGCAGUCAAAUUGCAGCCUCCCCAAAGAAGCUUAGUUACGCAGGCGAACCGGCGGCUCCCUGAAGCGUGCUUAGAGCCGUGUCGCAGAGCCCUCCCGGGCCAGCGGGCUAAGGCUGGGAUCCCGGCGCCGUCCCAGAGGCAGUGGACCCCUGGCAGCGGGUUGCUCCGCUAGUGCUCUCCGGUGCAGAGAAGGGGCGUGCAAAGCUCUAACGGUCGGCCCGCUCAGAACCCGUGCCCGACCCGGGUGCCCCCUCUGUCCCACUCUGGGAGCAAUGCCCCCCGCCCCUCGUGCCCCCCGGGAACGACGCGAGCAUGGAGAAGUCGAGUAGUGAGGAUUCUUCGAUCCACCGGAGUCCAUCUUUGGACAGCAAGGACUCGGACUUUGCCAAGCCGUCCACCUCUGGCCGCCCGUUCGGCCGUGGCUUCACGGCUGGCGCCUUCUACGGCACCGCGGGUUCUCGGGGUCAGAGCCACACCGAGGCCGGCGUUAAGACUGACAAGUACAAUGCGCCCAAAGGCAGCAAGUACGUGGUGUUUUACCUGGACCUGUCCUUUGUGUUCCUCCUAGAAUUUAAGAAGUGCAACAUGGCCAGGGGCUGCCUCUGCUGCUUGAAGUACAUGAUGUUCCUCUUCAAUUUGAUAUUCUGGCUCUGUGGCUGCGGCCUGCUUGGAGUGGGCAUCUGGCUCUCCGUGUCCCAAGGCAACUUUGCCACCUUCUCCCCGAGUUUCCCUUCGCUGUCUGCAGCCAACCUCGUCAUCGCCAUAGGCACCAUUGUCAUGGUGACGGGCUUCCUGGGCUGCCUUGGGGCCAUCAAGGAAAACAAGUGUUUGCUCCUCAGUUUCUUCAUCGUGCUGUUGGUCAUUCUCCUGGCAGAGUUGAUCCUGCUCAUCCUCUUCUUUGUCUACAUGGACAAGGUGAACGAGAAUGCCAAGCAGGACCUGAAGGAAGGGCUGCUGCUGUACAACACCGAGAACAACGUGGGGCUCAAGAAUGCCUGGAAUAUCAUCCAGGCUGAGAUGCGGUGUUGUGGAGUCACCGACUACACAGACUGGUACCCAGUGCUGGGGGAGAACAUAGUUCCUGACCGCUGCUGCAUGGAGAACUCCCAGGGUUGUGGGCGCAACACCACCACCCCCUUGUGGAGAACGGGCUGCUAUGAGAAGGUGAAGCUGUGGUUCGAUGACAACAAGCACGUGCUGGGUACAGUGGGGAUGUGCAUCCUUAUCAUGCAGAUCCUGGGAAUGGCUUUUUCCAUGACUCUGUUCCAGCACAUCCACCGGACGGGUAAAAAGUAUGAUGCCUGAGCGUUUGGCAGCGCCUGGCCCCACCCGGACACUGUACGUGCCAGGGGAGAGGACCUAAGUCUGUGUCUCCUGUCUGCCCUCCGAUGGCCACCCUGCUCCAUCUGCCAGCCUGCCCUCCCCUGCCCACAUCCUUGGCCUUGGACCUUUUGGAGGGCAGAGACCCAGGGAGGAGGCAUCAUGCAGAGACCUCAGGGCUUGGGCGCCUGGAUUCCUGCAUCUGCAUAUUUGCCAAAGACACCAGGAUGGGCAGGGUGUCAAGGAGGAAGCCCCUGUAUUGAUGGGCUUCUGCCCCUGCCCUUCCUCACGCUGACACUUGUCCCUGUGUGGGGUGGAGAGUCUGCCCCACCAAGGCCACUGCCGUCCAUGGCUGCCCAGCCAGAGAGCCGGCCAGGGUGCAGUGUGGCACCACCAGGUCGGGCCCCCUGGAGCACCCUGCCUGGGUUUUUAUACUAUAGUGUAACUUUUUUAUUUUACUCUGAUUAUGAUUAUUCAGGAAUAUUAUCUCUCAGAUAAGUUUAGGAUUAGCUUUCUGAUUUAUAACUUUUUACUGUGUUGAUUUCCAUAACGGUUUGAGUUUCCUUUUCCUGUGGGUGGGGAUGGUUAGGGAGAAAGGACCCCCAUCCACUUUCAGUGAGGACACAUCACUGUGCAACACUCAUAAGGCUCUAGGGUGAGAAGUGCCAGGUUCCCCCCCCCCCCCCCC